GCCCCAGGAGAUCACACACUCAUUUGUUUAAAUUUGCAUUGACAGCUGCCACCUCGAUAUAAGUAUUAAGCGGAGAGUUUCUCAACAUCAGACAGCGAGUGACCAGUUUGGUGACAAACAGCUACAACUAUGAACUUCCCCUUAACCCUGGACAUGGACUUCAUAAACUACAACCUGGAUGACCUGUACAAGGAAUUAGGUAACUACAAUGACAGCACGGAGAACCCCCCACCGGAAAAUCACAUCUGCUCCACAGUUGAGGGGCCCCUCUUGACCUCCUUCAAGGCUGUGUUCAUGCCCGUGGCUUAUGGCCUCAUCUUCCUCCUGGGUAUGAUGGGCAACAUCCUGGUGUUGGUGAUCCUGGAGCGGCAUCGGCAGACGCGCAGCUCCACUGAGACCUUCCUGUUCCACUUGGCAGUGGCUGAUCUCCUGCUGGUCUUCAUCUUGCCCUUUGCUGUGGCUGAGGGCUCUGUUGGCUGGGUCCUGGGCACCUUCCUCUGCAAAACUGUGAUUGCUCUGCACAAGAUCAACUUCUACUGCAGCAGCCUACUCCUGGCUUGCAUUGCUGUGGACCGCUACUUGGCCAUUGUCCAUGCAGUCCACGCCUACCGCCAUCGCCGCCUCCUCUCCAUCCAUAUCACCUGUGUGACCAUCUGGCUGGCAGGCUUCGUCUUUGCUUUGCCAGAGAUUCUCUUCGCCAAGGUCAGCCAACCUCAUCACAAUGACUCUCUGCCACUCUGCACCUUUUCCCAAGAGAACCAAGCUGAAACCAAUGCCUGGUUCACCUCCCGCUUCCUCUACCAUUUUGGGGGAUUCCUGCUGCCAAUGCUAGUGAUGGGCUGGUGCUAUGUAGGGGUGGUACACAGGCUGUGCCAGGCCCAACGUCGCCCUCAGCGGCAGAAAGCAGUCAGGGUGGCCAUUCUGGUGACAAGUGUCUUCUUUCUCUGCUGGUCACCCUACCACAUCGUCAUUUUUCUGGACACCCUGGCAAGGCUGAAGGCUGUGGGCAGUAGCUGUGAGCUGAAUAGCUAUCUCUCUGUGGCCAUCACCAUGAGUGAAUUCCUGGGCCUGGCCCACUGCUGUCUCAAUCCCAUGCUCUACACCUUUGCAGGAGUGAAGUUCCGUAGUGACCUGUCACGAAUUCUGACCAAGCUGGGCUGUGCCGGUCCUGUUUCCUUUUGCCAGUUCUUCCCAAGUUGGCGCAAAAGCAGUCUCUCUGAGUCAGAGAAUGCCACCUCCCUCACCACCUUCUAGGUCCCAGCCCUGCUUUGUUUCUACUUUCUUGGGGAAUGCACUGAUGCUGGAACCCUUCCAAUAGGAGCUGUGAUCCUAUGAGCUCACUUUGGCUGGUGUCCUUACAUGAGGCAGCUAGAUGAAUCAAUGCACCUUUCCAGGACAUUCCUGCCAGCUCUUUUCUCAACUCUGGGGCUAGGAUGGAGUCAAGUGAAGGAAAAGCAGCUCAAAGGAAAAACGAAGAAUACCUGUACCCAUUCGAAUUACUUUGGGCUGAGGGUCCCAUAUGCCUUCUCUCACUUUAACCACCCAAAGUUCGAGAAACAAAUUGACUUCUAUCUUAGAAAUGCAAAGUCGUUACCCUCCCAGAACUCACUCAAUCAUCUACACCAUCUGCCAAAAGAGACUAAAAGCUGAACACCAGGGGAUGGAUGGAGGUUAAGGCUGAGAAAAGGCCAGCUGGCAUCAGAAUGUGGCCUUAACAUGUCUCAGUCUCUAACAAACAUAUCUGCCAGGCCAUCAGGCCUGGAGCGUACUGACCAAGCAGGAAGCUCAGACUGACUCAGAUUAGGUAGCUGUCCCUGGCUCUAACCAAAAUGGUACUGGAUCAGCUCCAUGUCACUGGGCCCUGGGUGGUUCUACAGACUGAGGGAAGAUUCUACAUCCACUCAGAGACCAGCCAGUGUCCUGGAGAAGAAUUAAGGCUGAGCCACAUAAAGGAGCACAACCAGAGGGGGGGUAAAAAAAAAAAAGAUUCUCCUUCCCCGGUCCCAAGAAGGAAUAAUUAUAAACCAAAGCUAGCUAUCUCCUCUGCCCAGGGUGGAGAGGUCCCAGAGCAGGGUUCCGGGCACUGAUGGAGAAGGCAGAGUAAUCCCUCCCUGCCUCCUCCCAGUGAGUCGCACAGCCAGGAGAACCUCCUCAAACAGCAAAAGGGUCCCAACCACAGCAGAGAAAACACUUAGCUAAAAUAACUAAAAGUCAAUACUCUGGUUUCUCUUCAGAUCACAUAAAUCUUUCGCCUUUUACUAAAAUAGCUAAAAGUCAGAACCAAUAUAUUCAUCCCUGAGAAGAAAGACAGAGGAAAGAGGCCUCUGGAAGUCAACUCAUACAGUGGAGGCCAAGCCCAGGACACAGGCUCUCUGGGCCUCAACAAGAGCCACCUGUGGCAUCCCCUUCGGCUACACAGUGUGAGAAGCAGGCCCAGGCAGGGAAGUCCCUAGACCCCAGGAAGCAGGGCCCUGGCCUCAAGAGGACACUACUCAGAUGGAACAGGGGAAAUUGCUCUACACAUGCUCACCCAACCAGCCCACCUGCUCUCCUUGUUCCACCCCAGCCUUUGGUCUAGCUGGAGUCAGAAAGCAAGUAUCUUGCUGAGGGCACAUCUGAGUUGCCUACUCCCCACUCAAGCCAAUCAGCCAAGUUCCCUAGGAGGACCCCACAAAGAAAGCCAGAGAUAUGACUCAGGCACUGUGCUUUCACCACUGAACACUGGGGAAGUCUUCCUUUUCCUCCCACCCUCCAACAGCAAGCUGGGCACUAGAGGAGCCAGACAUAGAAGCAAAAAAGCAAGAGAUUAGAUUUUUAAUUUUCUCUUUUUAAUAAAAAGGCACCUAUAAAACAGGUCAAUACAGUACAGGCAGCACAAAGACCCCCAGAACAAGCCUAAAAAUUGUUUUAAAAUAAAAACCAAGAUGUCUUCA